AUGGAUAUAGAUGAGGACGCCUACCGCUGCCAUAAACCUCUCCCAUAUGAGCUGGUCCAACACAUUGGCAUCUUCUUCGAAGAGAAGCUCUGUCAACGCCCAAGCCCUCGCCCUUCUCUUCGACAUCGUAACAACAACCACCGGCCCCCCAACCCCCGUAUUCGUCCCUCCCCCGCAACAUCUCGCCCUCUCCGCCACCCUCCUAGUACACCCCGCAACCACUACGCGCGCCAAGUCACCCGCAGAGGAGGAAGCCCCGCCGCAGCACUGCGGCUCCUCCGUUUAGCCAACAACCUCGUCGGACCUCUCAAUUCCCGUCUAAGUGUCGCAUUCUCCUUCACCCACUUCCAGUCCUCCCGACAAGGCCGCCGCCGCCGCGGCGCCGCAGAGGAUGACACCUUCGCGGACCCCGAGGACGCAAAGCAGCUGAACCUGGAGCUCGCACAGUCAGCGGCAUUGUGGUCGCGCGCCGAAGACUUCUGGCACGUCGUUGGCUGGGCGUUCAAUUGCUCGGUGCUGCACCGCGAGCGAUGGGAUCGCUGGCGCGUGUGGCUGGAGUUCAUGUGUGAGGUGUUGGAGGACGACUGGCGCGAGCGGAUGAGACUGGCUGAGGUUGCUGCAUUGCAGAACAACAACGAUGCACCGAAUGGAACGGCAAAGAGACGUCUCCGGAAUAGAACAGAUAACCAGGAUCAACACACCGCCGUCCUCAGAGACAGCCUCAUCUGCCGCUACAUCACCGACCCGUCCGCCGGCUUCGGCCGCAACAGACGCAUCCUGCGCGCCGUCUUCGCAGACGGCAGCUCCAGCGCCGUCAAUGAGUUCCGCCAGGUCUUCCACAACGAGCUGCGACCGUUGCGCAACAAGGGAGGCGACCAGCCUGGCAAUAUCAAGAAGCGCGAGGUGGAGGUGAACGUCGACCAAGGCGUCUACGGCGACUACCUCACCGAAAAAGACGACGACGACGACGACCUAUCCACAACCGAGAAAGGCACGCCCUCGCGCAAAACCAAACGCCCUCGCCGAGCCACCCGCUCCACCACCACCACCACCACCACCGGUGACACCACCAUCGAAACGCCCCCCCAACAAUCACCACCCCCAUCAACAACCAACACCCCCCUAACAAACGACGCCUCCCUCCUCGGCGGGCUCACAUCCCUCUCCCUCCGCCAACGCCUCCUCGAACUCCUCACCCAAGUCUCCCAAAAACUGCCGCGCGACUUCCUCCCCCUAGAAGACCUCUACCACCUCUUCGUCGAAAACAUCCGCCACCAGCCCCUCCCCAUCUACCAAGCCCUCGUCAGCCCCUCCACCCUAUCCUACCUCUCCCCCGCAGCGCACACCACCCUCUGCGAAUUCCUCCUCUACCGCCUCCGCGAGUCCGCCGCCCCAGACUCAAACGAAGACUACCUCAACCAGACCAAACUCGAGUACUGCUUCUUGCCGUUCGCGGCUAGCACCGCCGCUGUGGCUGACAAUGCCAAGAUGUCGAUUGCGCUCGAGGCGCUUGUUAUGCUGCUUGCGCAGAGUGACCUGUUGACCGUUACGGAUGGGUUUCGCAGUGCGGUAGAGUGUGGCAUUGAGGCUAGGGCUGAGAAGGUGCAGACUGAGGGCGCGCAGGCUACUACUGGUGGUGGGGGGAGGGGAAGGGGAAGGGCAGGGUUGCGGAGGAUGUGGAGUGGUCUUGGUUGA